AUGGAUGUAUGUAGAUAUGUAACAUCAUUCGAAGCUUACUUGCAGAUGAUGGCUACGAAGAGCAAGAAGAAACGAGGGAAAAAUGAUGAAAAGUGUAGUAGCAUGACAGAAAAUCAUAAGUAUUUGGAGAAUGAAACAGCAAUAUGGAAGCUUAAUGAUGAUUGCUUGACACCAGGCCUUGACUUGUUUUGCAUUUGCUUCAAGUCAAGUCACACGAGUAAGUCAAGUGAUUUAAUUCUUUCAACUCAAAAACGAGAAGAAAAUCUUUUAGGCUGCUUGAUGAUGUGGAAGUGGAAGCACCACAUUAAAAGCAGAAAUUUUUAG